AGUGAGGUGCACGGGAGCCCGCCGGCCUCUCUCUGCCCGUGUCCGUCCGUGAAAUUCCGGCCGGGGCUCCCCGCGAUGGCCCUCCCGACACCUUCGGACAGCACCCUCCCCGCGGAAGCCCGAGGACGAGGACGGCGAAGGAGACUCGUUUGGACCCCGAGCCAAAGCGAGGCCCUGCGAGCCUGCUUUGAGCGGAACCCGUACCCGGGCAUCGCCACCAGAGAACGGCUGGCCCAGGCUAUCGGCAUUCCGGAGCCCAGGGUCCAGAUUUGGUUUCAGAAUGAGAGGUCACGCCAGCUGAGGCAGCACCGGCGGGAAUCUCGGCCCUGGCCCGGGAGACGCGGCCCGCAAGAAGGCAGGCGAAAGCGGACCGCCGUCACCGGAUCCCAGACCGCCCUGCUCCUCCGAGCCUUUGAGAAGGAUCGCUUUCCAGGCAUCGCCGCCAGGGAAGAGCUGGCCAGAGAGACGGGCCUCCCGGAGUCCAGGAUUCAGAUCUGGUUUCAGAAUCGAAGGGCCAGGCACCCGGGACAGGGUGGCAGGGCGCCCGCGCACGCAGGCGGCCUGUGCGACGCGGCCCCCGGCGGGUGUCACCCUGCUCCCUCGUGGGUCGCCUUCGCCCACACCGGGGCGUGGGGAACGGGGCUUCCCGCACCCCACGUGCCCUGCGCGCCUGGGGCCCUCCCACAGGGGGCUUUCGUGAGCCAGGGAGCGAGGGCCGUCCCCGUGCUCCAGCCCAGCCAGGCCGCGCCGGCAGAGGGGAUCUCCCAACCUGCCCCGGCACGCGGGGAUUUUGCCUACGCUGCCCCGGCUCCUCCGGAAGGGGCGCUCUCCCACCCUCAGACUCCUCGGUGGCCUCCGCAGCCGGGCAAAUGCCGGGAGGACCGGGACCCGCAGCGCGACGGCCCGCCGGGCCCUUGCGCGGUGGGACAGCCUGGGCCCGCUCAAGCGGGGCCACAGGGCCAAGGUGUGCUUGCGCCACCCACGUCCCAGGGGAGUCCGUGGUGGGGCUGGGGCCGGGGUCCCCAGGUCGCCGGGGCGGCGUGGGAACCCCAAGCCGGGGCAGCUCCACCUCCCCAGCCCGCGCCCCCGGAGGCCUCCGCGCGGCAGGGGCAGAUGCAAGGCAUCCGGGCGCCCUCCCAGGCGCUCCAGGAGCCGGGGCGCUCGUCUGCACUCCCCUCCGGCCUGCUGCUGGAUGAGCUCCUGGCGAGCCCGGAGUUUCUGCAGCGGGCGCAACCUUUCCUAGAAACGGAGGCCCCGGGGGAGCUGGAGGCCUUGGAAGAGGCCGCCUCGCUGGAAGCACCCCUCAGCGAGGAAGAAUACCGGGCUCUGCUGGAGGAGCUUUAG